AUGAGCGUGAAGGUAUUCGUGGGUCUUGCUACGGCAUGCAGCGUCUUUGUGAUAAUCGUUUCUUUGGUUGCUGUUUGCAUCAUUUACAACGAUAUCAAUACAUUAUAUGACGAUGUUAUGGAUGAAAUGGGCCAAUUUAAGACUGUAGCAGAUGACACAUGGCAAAGGAUACUGUUGUUACACAUGCAUCCCUCCGGUAAUACUGAAGCAACUCCAACUUUCUCCAGUCUUUUUGCGAGAUUCAAGCGACAAUUUCAAUUUCCUGAAAGAUGUAAUUGUGGACCGAGCGCAGAAGGAUGCCCAAGGGGCCCACCAGGUCCACGUGGAGAUAUAGGUGAAAAAGGACCGGAUGGACCGCCUGGUGGAGAUGGACCACCAGGUCCACCGGCUCUUACACCACCACCGCCUCCACCACGUGAAUGCAUCGAUUGCCCAGCGGGACCAGCGGGACCAGAAGGACCAAUAGGAGAAGCUGGAGAAGAUGGACCACCUGGAAAAGCGGGUAUAGAUGGAAGACCAGGAGCACGAGGUGGACCAGGACAACAGGGACCACAAGGUGAACCAGGUGAGCCGGGACUCGAUGGAACACCUGGACAACCAGGACCACCAGGUAAAGAUGGCAAACGCGGAACUGGGCCACAAGGACCGAAAGGACCAACUGGAUCACGGGGACCACCAGGAUCUCCAGGCCAAGAUGGACAAAGAGGUGCUGAUGGAGAACCAGGUGAACAAGGACCAGCAGGAAGGGAUGGUAAUGACGGCAGACGCGGUGGAGACGGUAGACCAGGACCGCCUGGAAGUCCGGGUCUACCAGGUCCAGAUGCUCAUUACUGCCCAUGUCCACCACGCAGUUCUGUGUUUCUGAAAGUGGCCAAGAAGGCGAGAACUAAGUCUUAA